AGGACCGACCGCACUUGCUCACGUGGCUGGCCUUCAGCUACUUCCACAACGGCGACUACAAGAAGGCCAUAGACGCUUACGACGAGGCCCUUCUGACGCAGAAAGACCUCAACAUUCACGCCUACAAGGCAUGCUGCCUCUACGCGCUCACCUCGUACCAGGAGGCAGAGGAGGAGGCGAAGCUCGCUCCCGACAGCCCCCUGAAGACUCGAAUCCUGCUGCACACUGCCCACAAGCGGGACGACGAGAGCGCCAUGAUGGCCAGCCACCAGGCGCUCAGUGAGUCCAAGGAGGACCAGCUGAGUUUGGCGGCGAUCCAGUACCUCAGGAGCCAUUUCCAGGAGGCC